AUGGACGCUCAACCGAAGCGAGUGGCGCGCGACACCAGUGCAGCUGCCCCACCCCCAUCGAAGCGGCCGCGCGCCGGCAAGCAUGCCGCUGGCCCAUCCUCGCAAGCGCGGCCCGCCGCCCAGCCGCCGCGGGGCACGACGCCCGCUCCGCGCGCGCCGGCGGCGGCGACGCCGUUUGACCUGCGCGAGUGGGUGGGGGAGGGGGCAGGGGAUGACACUGUGACUUGGCUGCAGCGCCACCUCGAUGCGGCGCGCAAGCCAGAGGCGUACCCAGGCGGCCGGGAGUACUCAUUCCUAGGCGAUCCCAUGAGCAGGGAGGAGGUCGCGGCGCACUAUGGCCCCUGCAGCAAGCACUGGCCGCGUCGCAACGGCUUCCUGGUGCCCGUCCCAGACAGCUGCGGGACCCCUGCGCUGGAGUCCCUGCUGGAAGCCGAGCAGGCGGCGAAGCGCAGGGCCCGUAGCUGCGCCGACGAGCCGGACGUCGCGCAGCACUAUGACGACGAGGAGCAGUAUGCGCUGUUCCAUUUCAGCGGCGUGCGCAUGGUGGACCGGCAGCCCGAGGACGGGGACCCGGAAGAGUUUGAGGUGCGCCUGGGCGACUGCGUGACGGUGCUGGCCGGCGACUUUGCUGACGAGGACGGCGGCGACGUGCAUCACCUGCUGCGCAUCACAGAGAUAUUCUACACCGCAGGGGGGCAGCGGCUGUUCCGCGUCAACUGGUUCUACAAGGACAUUGACACCGCCAUGGCCGUCAAGGUCAAGGACAGGCGCCGCAUGCCGCUCGUCUUCAGCGAGCCGCGCCGCGUGUGGCUGGCCACGGUGGAGGACAACGAGACCUACAACAAGUGCUACUGCCUGUCGCAGAUUGCAAUCAAACAGCGCGUUUUCAAGGUGCGGCCUGGCGCUGCGCAGCUACCCGCUGGGUUUGACCAGGACCAUGAUUGGUACUACAGCCAGAUUCACACCCAGCGCUGCAUCACCAACGAGGACUGCUACCUGGACCUGUCACCCUGGAGCGAGGAUUACAUGCGGCUGCUCGCUGACGAGGGGCUGGAAGGUAUCAGGAAGCUGCGGCAGGGCCCCAGCGCGACCACGCUCACGCGCGGCAGGCAGCCGAUCACGGGCGCCGAGGAGCGGGAGCUGCUCGUCCUGGACAUAUUCGCCGGCGCCGGCGGCCUCUCCUUCCUGGAGCAGCGCCGCGGCGCGCCCGCCACGCGCGCCGCGCUGGAGCGCCGCGGCGUGCCGGCGUCUGCGUCGGCGGCGCUGGGCAUCCGCUCGCGCUGGGCGGUGGACCUCAACGCGAGCGCUAUCGCGACGUACCGCGCAAACCACGGCGACAGCGUCGACGCGUUCUGCAUGGGGCUGGAGGAGUUUGUGAUGCUCUGCAAGCACUUCAGGGACCUCGCAGUCAAGGUGCUGCCAAAGGCCGCGGCCGGCGGCGACGCGGCGGCGCUCAAGGCGGCGAUCCGGCGCUCUGAGGCCGAGGUGGCUGCGGGCGCUGACGAGGACGACGCGGUCGACCGCCGCAUGAAUCCCCGGGUGUGUGAGGUGCUGGCGGUGCGCCUGAGCGAGGACGCGGAGCGCAUCAAGCAGGGGACCAACAAGGGGCAGCUGGCCAAGGCACUGGAGAAGGAACAGGCGUGCGUGUGUCUGUGA